AUGCAAUUCUGGGAGAGGCUAAGUCCCCACAGAACCUCCAUUGCUGAGAAUGAUGACUGGUCCGACACCUUCACCAGUGGAUUGCGGGAGUUGACAGGGGUCCUGAAGAGGCACUGCCAGCUGGUAGAGCUGCUAUCAAACCAGCUGCUGGCCAACAGGGCAGCUGCCGCAGAGACGCCCCCGGCAUCGCUCAUUGGGCUGGCCGCAAACUAUCGGCGCGCGGUGGGCGCGGCGUUCGCCAGCAGUGCACCUGUCAGCCUGGCAGGUGUCCUGGAGCAGCACUACACUCACAGCUUGGAGGAGUUCAGCACUGCUCACAGAAGUCAUGAGGAGGGUGAAGGGGAGCUGCUUGACAGUGCAGAGGAGCUGAUGGGCGCAGAAUACGUGGAGCGCUUGCAGAGUGUCACUGAAGCAUUGGAAUUGCUGGGCUUGGAGGAGGAGGCGGCAGCGGCUUGCAUGACGGCGGUGGGGCGUCAUGUGCGGCAGCACCUGAAGAGCACGAUGCAGGCAACCUUCUCGUGCAGCAUCCUGGACCCUGCACUCGCCUAUGUCGACGCUGUGCCCCUGCCCUUCCUGCAGAUGACUCAGCUCACUGGGGCGGCCGCGAAGAGGCAGGCGGAGCUGUGGGCGGCGAUGCUGGGCUACUUUGUGUACGACACAGUCGGCGCCAUGCGCAUUGCGCAGUUCUUCGACAUGGUCGUGGACUGGCCAGACUCGCUGCCGGCCCUGCGCGAUGUCAAGGAGUGCCUGGCGCACACCAAUCUGCAGCCCCACUUCAUCUCCAGCUUCCGCACCGCCACCCAGCAGCGCCUCCUGCACGCAGGCAUGGCUUGCGCGGCCACGCUGGACAUUCUGACGCAGUACGUCAACACGAUAAAGGCGCUGAAGGAGGUGGAUCCGCGGGGCAUACUGCUGACGGCGGUGGGGGAGCCCAUCAAGGCGUACCUGCGCGGCAGGCCCGACACCAUCCGCUGCAUCGUGCACUCGCUCACCGACGACAACGCCGACGACUCGCUCUUCGGCGAGCUCACACAGCCCGCCGACGAAGAGGGGGAGGGGAGUGAUGAUGACGUGGAGGACUGGGAUGGGCUGCAGGCGGCUCUGGAGUGGAAGCCAGACCCUGUGGAGGUCGGCAUGAUUGACAGCCAAGGGAGGGAGCGCAGCCUGGACAUAAUCUCAAUGCUGGUGGGCAUCUAUGGCUCCAAGGAGCUCUUCAUCAAUGAGUACAGGAGCCUGCUGGCGGAGAAGCUGCUGGGCAAGACGGAUUACGAGUGCGACCGCGAGAUCCGCACCCUCGAACUGCUCAAGCUGCGCUUCGGCGAGGCCAACCUGCACAACUGCGAGGUGAUGCUGAAGGAUGUGGCGGACAGCAAGCGCGUGAAUGGCAACAUCAAGGACAUGCCGGCGGCCGCCAUGUCACCGCUGCGGAGGGCACGCCGCGAGGCGCCCGUGGCCCACACCAGCGCCACCAUCAUCUCAGCCCUCUUCUGGCCCACCGUCCCGGAGGAGAAAUUUGCGGUGCCGCCCGAGGUCCAGGAGCAGCUGGACGCGUACGCUGGGCGCUUCUUUGUGCUCAAGACUCCGCGCAAGCUGCUCUGGCGCCCGGACCUCGGCGCCGUGAGUUUGACACUGACCGUCGGCGACGACACACUGGACCUCACUGUCACUCCCCUGCAGGCAGCCAUCCUCAUGCAGUUCAGGCUGGCGCAUGCGCUGGGCCUGUCUGCGGAGGCGUUGCGCGCACGGAUUAUGUUCUGGAUCAACCAGGGCGUCAUCGCCGAGGCGCGCACUGCCGCCGGCCUGCUGUACACGCGGUGUGAGUCCCUGGCGGCCGGCGGCGGCCGCGGGUCGGGGGCUGUGGCAAUGGAAGAGGACGAUGCAGCGCCCACCAUCUCCAGGGCACAGGGUCAUGCCCUCCAGGAGAUGGCGGUCUAUGAGCAGUUUGUGAUGGGCAUGCUGACCAACUUUGACGGGGGCCUGGCGCUGGACCGCAUCCACAACAUGCUCAAGAUGUUUGUGGUGGACCCGCCCUAUGACAAAUCCGCCGAGCAGCUGGCAACCUUCCUGGGGCAGCUGGUAGCUGACGAGAAGCUGUCCUGCGAGGCCGGAGUCUUCAGGAAGCGGUAG